AUGGCCGUCUUUAACGUCCACUUGAGGGAUCCGUCUUUACUAGUUGGCCUAAACUACAUCGAUGGAAAAUGGGUGGAAGCUGAGUCUCAGAAGCGUUUCGAUGUCACAAACCCUGCCAAUGGGAACGUCAUCGGAUCUUGUCCAGAAUCGGACGCGAAGGAUGCGCAAAAGGCGAUUGAUGCUGCAGCAGCGGCCCUGCCUGCAUGGCGCUCUCUGUCUGGUCGCAACCGUGGUCGCAUCCUACGUCGGUGGUAUGAGUUGGUCUUGGAGAACCAAGAGGACCUGGCCACACUCAUCACCAUGGAAAACGGAAAAGCCAAGCCUGAUGCCGUGGGUGAGGUUCUGUUUGCCGCUAGCUUUCUCGAGUGGUUCUCAGAGGAGGCUGCGCGACUCUACGGCGAUGUUGUUCCUCAUAGCCAACCCAACUUUCGAGUCUCCGUUCUGAAAGAGCCCAUUGGUGUGUGCGGCCUCAUCACGCCAUGGAACUUCCCCGCAGCUAUGAUCACUAGAAAGCUUGGUCCUGCAUUGGCAGCUGGCUGCACGGUUGUCGUAAAGUCUGCCGGCGAAACGCCUUUCACAGCCAAUGUCUUGAUCAAGCUCUCUGAGCGAGCCGGAAUACCUGCGGGCGUGGUUAACUGUGUCACCGCACUAGCCAACACCUCGAAGAUUGGGGAGACCUUGUGCUUAUCUAACGUCGUUCGCAAAAUCUCCUUCACGGGGUCUACUCGGGUCGGAAAGCUUCUCAUGCAACAAUCCAGCAGCACCUUGAAGAAGCUUAGCCUGGAGCUUGGUGGCAACGCACCGUUCAUUGUGUUUGAGGAUGCUGACCUCGGGUUGGCUGUGGAUGCUGCCAUUACUAGCAAGUUCAAGUCAUCAGGACAGACAUGCGUGUGUUCCAACAGAAUCUUUGUCCAGAAGCGCAUUUACCCCGAGUUCAUCCGACGUCUCAAGGAUGCCGCCAGCCGAUUCCAGGUUGGCAAUGGGCUUGAUGAGAAGACCUCCCAUGGUCCUUUGAUUACGUCUGCGGCAGUCGAAAGAGUUGCUGGUCUUGUGAAUGAUGCUGUCAGCCGCGGCGCGAAGAUCGAAAUUGGCGGAAAAAAGAUCCCUGAUCUGGGCCCGAAUUUCUUUGAGCCCACUAUCCUCACAAAUGUCACCACGGAUAUGCCGGUAGUGAAUGAAGAGAUCUUCGGCCCUGUAGCACCCAUCUUCUCCUUCGACACGGAAGAUGAGGUCGUCUCUGCUUCCAACGCAUGCGAUGUGGGACUGGCUUCGUAUAUUUUCACACAGGAUGUUACUCGAGCCAGUCGAGUUUCGGAGCUCUUGCAGUCUGGCAUGGUGGCAAUCAACACUGGCAUCAUCUCUGACGCUGCGAGCCCGUUCGGCGGCAUCAAGCAUUCGGGAAUGGGUCGCGAGGGAAGCAAAUAUGGAAUUGAGGAUUACCUCCAAUUGAAGACCGUUGUAACUGGGAACGUCAACGUCAUCCACAAAGCGUCCCUGUAA